AUGGUGAACUACGGAGGCGAUGAAGUCUCUGCUUUGGUUGUCGAUAUUGGGUCUUCGUCCGUACGCGCUGGAUAUGCAGGAGAUGAUACACCAAAAGCAAUCAUUCCAACAUCAUAUGGGUACAUCCCCAAACUUCCAGAUACAGAUGUAGACAUGUCCGACAGUACACAAGAAAACGCACCUCAGGCGGAGAACUCGAGAUUUGCCAAAAUAUUUGUCGGUCAAAAUGGUCCCUCGGUAUGGAGGAGUGGGAUGGAAAUAGGGAAUCCUAUUGUGGAAGGACUCAUCCAUGAUUUUGCACCAAUAAAACCACUUAUUGACCAUGCACUCAGCAAGGUCAUGCUAAUAAAUCCUUCCGAGCAUCCUAUUCUUGUGACGGAGCCUACGUGGAACACCCCAGCAAACCGAGAGCGCAUGGCGGAAAUUAUGUUCGAAGAAUUCAAUGUACCAGCAUUUUAUAUCGCCAAUACCGGUGUCCUCAACGCAUUUGCAGCAGGAAAGGGAUCUGCUUUGGUUAUUGACAUUGGGCAAUCCAUGGCAAGCGUCACCCCAGUUGUGGAUGGAUUCGUCCUCCGCAAAGGUCUUUCAUACUCUCCACUCCCGAAACUUGUCCAUGCACACGCCCGUCACCUCCUCACCUCGCCCACACAAAUAAGACGGGGCAUCGAUUUAUUGCCUCAUCAAUUAAUUGCGAGUAAAGCUGUCGUAGAUGCAAACGCUCUCCCACAAUUCACCAUUCGUGAAGACAGGAUUGCUGGGACAACUCAAAAGUGGCGCAACUGGGCAGAGACAAGGGAAGUGGACGAGUGGCUGCAAACCAUCGCUGGUGUCCUUGACCAGGGCUGGAACGACCAGCAAGCGGCUUCGAAGCCAAGCCGCCAAUACGAAUUCCCGACUGGUUACAAUACAUUCUUUGGCGCAGAACGAUUCCUAGUUGGCGAACAAUACUUCACACACAACCCACAACUAGUGGCGUCAAAUCCGAACCUACCCAAGACGUUGCCCGCGCUGAUUACAGAGGCACUUCGCGCCUGCGACCCAGAGCUGCGCCAAGUUCUUAUGGGUAACGUCGUCCUGACAGGCGGUGGAAGCCUCUUCUCUGGGCUCGCAGACCGUCUGUCAGCCGAGCUGACGAGAACCUUCCCUCAUACUAAAAUCCACGCGCCAGGCAACCCUAUAGAACGUCGUUAUGGUGGAUGGCUGGGAGGAAGCAUCCUGGCGAGCUUGGGCACGUUCCACCAGCUUUGGAUAAGCAGGGAGGAGUGGCAGGAACACGGAAAGGCGAUCGUUGGGCAGAGAUGUAAAUAA